GUAUCCUAACUGGUUUGUAUAUAAUUUUUGGUCAAAUUGUAUCUAUUUGGGAUAGACUAAUACAGUUUAAGGUUGAGUUAACACUUAUAUUUUUGGAUGACUUUUUUGGUUUUGAUGUUCAGGCUAACCUUUUCCUAAAUUCAGUGGUACUAAUAAUCUUUACAAUGACCUUUAGUACUUGUUUUUAAACUAGUACCAGCAAGGUUGCACUUAUUCUGGUGCUUUUAUUUAAAUGUAGUGACAUUUCAAUUUAUUUGUGACCAUUACUUGAAUAUAAAAUUGAAGUAUUUUAGGCUAAAGUUGGCUCUUUUAUUCGUGAAAAGGUCCUCACCAUUUUGUUAUCUUUUAGUCAUACGUAGUAGAUUUGUGGCUAAAUGUUAUCUUAUUUUUUGUCCUACAACAUUUUUGCAUCAUUACACAUGUAAUGGAAUUGAUACUUACAACACAUGGAAAUAUUUUCCCAACUUUUAUUUUACAGUUAAUUCAAAGGUGUAAUCGUGAAUAAUUUAGGUGACUUUCUCAUAACAGCAAAAGUCUCACCCAAAUCUCAUCCAAAUCCUGUAAAGAACAACAAACCACAUCCAACUUCAAUGCAAUGACUAGAAGAAGGGAGGGAGAGAGAUUUAUCAGAAAUAGGCAAACAGAGGAGGAGGGAGACAGGAAGUGGGGAACCGGAGAAGUGGGUUAAGACUAAUCUACCAACAAAGACUCGGGCAGUGAGAACUGAUAUUUGAGUGAGAGCAGGAACUCAGGAUCAGGACAAAUCUUUUGUUUUUCUCUCCAAUAUUUGUGGAAAGACAAGGACUCUUGAAAUAAUUUGCAGCUCUUUUUGGGGUGGGGGGGGCUUAAAUGAAACCACUGCAGACUCACGGACACUCGGGUUAGUGACACCUGCAUGCCGCUGCCAGCAUGUGGUCUUGUAUCACAGACUUCUUCACCUAUGAGACCACCAAGUCUGUGGUGGUGAAGAGCUGGACCAUUGGCAUCAUCAAUCGUGUCGUCCAACUCCUCAUCAUCACCUACUUCAUUGGGUGGGUCUUUGUCCAUGAGAAGGCGUACCAGAUUAGAGACACUGCUAUUGAAUCCUCAGUGAUGACUAAAGUCAAAGGUUUCGGAAUUUACAACAACAAGGUGAUGGACGUAGCAGACUAUGUCACACCACAACAGGGAGCUUCGGUUUUCUGCAUUAUCACCAAGUUGAUCACCACAGAGAAUCAAGUCCAAGGACGCUGUCCUGAGGUCGGUAACUGUCACCAUUACCUCACACUUGGACAGGGGACUCAUAGACGACCCAUGGACAAAUUGGGGGGAAAAACUAAAAUAGGCUUAUUCUGGACAUUUGCAUUUGAUUACAAAAGACAAAAUAUCAUAUCUUCUGCAGGGAUUCUCACAGGGAAAUGUGUUCCCUUCAACGCCACCCUCAGCAUGUGUGAGAUUAAAGGCUGGUGUCCUGCUGAGAUUGACACCAUCAAGACGACACCAAUGAUGGAAGUUGAAAAUUUCACCAUCUUUAUUAAGAAUAGCAUUCGUUUCCCAAUUUUCAACUAUACCAAGGGGAACUUCCUCCCCACCAUCACUGGAAACUACAUCAAGACAUGUAACUUUGACAUGGUCAACAAUACCUACUGCCCCAUCUUCAGGGUGGGAGACGUGGUCCGCUACGCUCAGCAGAACUUCACCAAUUUGGCGAGCAAGGGAGGAGUGAUCGGGAUAAAGAUCGGCUGGAUGUGCGAUCUCGACAAGCCAGACGACCAGUGUAACCCCUCCUACUCUUUCACACGUCUGGACGCCAUGUCGCAGAAGAAUGCUGUCUCUCCUGGCUACAAUUUCAGAUUUGCCAAGUACUAUAAAAUGGAGAAUGGUACAGACUACCGCACUCUGGUCAAAGCCUAUGCUAUUAGGUUUGAUGUUCUGGUCAAUGGAAAUGCAGGGAAGUUCAACAUGAUCCCUACUCUGAUCAACAUGGUGGCAGCCUUCACCUCAGUGGGAGUGGGAACAGUGCUGUGUGACAUCAUACUGCUGAACUUCCUGAAAGGGGCGGAGCAAUACAAGGCCAAAAAAUUUGAAGAGGUGACCGACAGUCCACUGGAAAGCAACACUUUUUACCGCUCCCAGACGUCGCUGAGAUACCACGAGACCUUCACCAGGUCCAGUGACUCGGGAGCUUUUUCUAUCGAACACUUAAGCUGAGUGACAAGCAGGGAGCGUCUGUGGACGGAGGGCGAUGUCCAGUUGACCAUUCUCAGUGCAUGUGCCGCAGCGCUGUUCACACGAGUGUAGCUGUUCACACAUAUUAAAGUUAGCGCCACCAUUAGAGCAACCGAAGACGGGUCUGAAGCUACACAACCAAAUCCACUCUUCUUGUGUUUCCAGCAUGUGUUUCGACAUUCGUAUCAAAUUAGUUUUAAGUGCCACCUUAACACUUAACUUCCUUAACCACCAAGGCCACCGCAGGUCCACUAUAUCAGUUGAUAUCGGAAUCGGAAAUGAAGUGUUUGGACAAUAUCGACGUAUCGGAUAGCUGCAAAAAAAGUUAUCUCUAAAUGUCCUCUCUUUGAGUCCAAACACUUUCAUCAGAGAAUUCCUUUUUUGGUAGAAUCAUUGGCCUCACGUCGCGACCUGCUCCUGUAAGUUCCCCAUAAAUUGUUUUUUUCAGUUUCGGAGAAAAGAAAAGAAAUCAGAGUGAGCUAACUCAAAAUGUGUUGAUUUUGACAGGUUUACAUUCAUUUCUGGUCAGGACGGACGCUUGCUCUGAUUUAUUUAUUUAUUUUACGGGUUAUUGACAUGGCCGAAUAAAAGACACACAUGGAAAAUGUUGGCGACACCUCAGAGGCAUGUCUCAACAUUCCAGUGAUUAUAAUCGGAACCUUUUUUUAAACUCACUUAUAUAUAAAAUUGUUAUCUCCAAAAAAAAAUGUCUCCAAAAAAA